CUUUGGGUAGUCAAGUAACACCAUUUUGAUAUUGUUUUUUGGUGAAAUCAACAUAGAAUUCAUAGAUUGUAGUUUGUGGAAUACGUAAUCCUUUGAAUAAACAGCUAUAUAACCUCUCGAAAUAAUUAGAAUUGUGAAAUUGGUGUUUAUAGUUUCUUUAGUUAGCCAAGUAACACAAUUUUGAUAUGGUUUUUUUGCCAAGUCAACAGAGAAUUCAUAGAAAUUGCAGCUUACGUCAUUCAUAAAACAUCACCAACAAAUGUAAGAUAAACAGGGCCACAUUUCGCGCGAUAAUUCCGAAAGUAGAUGCGCAUAUUAAUUGUUAUAUGAUAGUUGGAUUUUUUUAUUGCAAAAAAUUUUAGUUCUUUAGCUCUUUUUAAAUCGAUCCUCCAAAUAUUCCUCAAGCACUGUAUUUGCCACAAGAUAUCAAAACAAUUUACAGCAAAACCACAUGCAGAUGAAUUUACGAACAAUUGCGCAUACAACUGCACAGUCUGCACUGAACUACAAUGCCCCUGGGCUCUAAAACUUUUUGCUGUCCACUGCAUAAGCCUGCAGCACAGAUAUACUCUGUAUAUUCGAUGCAUAUAUUAUAAAUAUAUUAUAGAGUCUUCGCUGCAGACUAGUUGCUGCUACGAUGAAGCCUGCUCGUUUCAGGCUCACCCGAAGUAAUUAAUUAAUAACAGAAUUCAACUAAUUACAUCUUCGAGAUCUCAGAUUUCAAGAUCAGAUUUAAGGAUCUUCGCACGUAAUCAUACACGUAAAGGAACCAAAAAGAUCUCCCAAAAGAAAAGAAGUAUAUCUGCGACCAUCCAGACCAGGCUGAAAUACACCAGCAAUGGCUAACAUAAUUGACGAUGUUUUUAAAGCGAUAGGCGAAUUUCGCGAGUAUCAAUGGUAUAUCUUCACCUUGAUGGGAUAUGUAUUAUUCUCUAUUGCUGCCUUUGCUUCCAUGAUAGUGUCGUUUAUCACUGCUGAGCCUGACUGGAAAUGUGUUGAAGGUUAUAAGAAUAAUACCGUGUGUAGAUUUAAUAACUCAAUAACGUUAACCAGUGAUGAUUACAAAGCCAGAUGUAAAAUGCCGAGAGAAGCUUGGACGUUUGUAGAUGACUUCACAUCCGUUGUUACUGAGUACGACUUAGUUUGUGAUGAUUCAAUUUUUCUCUCCAUCGCUCAAUCCUGUUUCUGGGUUGGAAUGUUAAUUGCGUUAUUGGUCGGUGGUUUUCUAUCAGAUAAAUAUGGCAGAAAAAGACUCUGGUAUGGCGGUUGUGUUCUUGUCGUCGUUGCCAGUUGGAUUAUGAUAUUUCCAAAAGCCUUUUUGGUCUUCUUUGUUUGCCGAGUUUUCAUUGGCAUAGGUUUAGGGUUUGCUAAUUGCACUGGUUUUCCCUUGCUUGUCGAGUUCACAAGUGAGAGAUACCGUUCAUGGAUGGGAGCUGGUUCCUACGUGUUUUGGGCAGUGGGAAUAUCAAUACUGCCCCUGAUUGGAUUCUUAGUGGUAGAGUGGAGAAUGUUCCUGCUUGUUACAGCUAUUAUUUCUAUCCCCGUCGUGUUUUCAUCUUGGUUAGUACCUGAAUCUCCUCGAUGGUUGUUACUAAAUGGUAAAGAAGAAGAGGUCAAAAAAGUUCUCUCUAAAGUGGCAAAAAUGAAUAAACGACCAUUACCAGAUGAUCUCGUGCUGCAAAAACCUGCGAUAACUGAAACACGAACGAGUUUUAGGCAACUUUUUAGCAACUGGAAAACUGCUAAGAAAACGUUAAUUUGUUGGGAUUUAUGGUUUGCCAACGCUCUUGUGUAUUAUGGUGUAUUUUAUGGUUCUGUUGAUCUUGGUGGGAACAGAUAUCUUAAUUUUUUCUUGGUCAGUGUUGUCGAAAUACCUGCAAAUUUUUUUGUUAUUUGGGCCCUUGGCAGAUUUGGACGUAAAAAGUGUGUCCUCAUUGCAAUGGUUCUGGCAUUCAUUGCAUCCGCAAUCUCAGUGUCUAUCCCUGUAAAUAAAAGUUCUGGAAGUAUUGGUGGUCGUGUCACAGCUGCUAUCACUGCGAAAUUUUUUAUUAAUAUUUCUUUUUGCGGCGUCUAUUUGUGGUGUGUUGAGCUGUAUCCAACUGUUAUCAGGUCAACUGCACUUUCGACAUCAUCUUGUGCUGCAAGAAUUGGGUCAUUUUCUGCUAGUUAUAUAAUUUGGCUUAUUCGUAUUCACACAGCUCUGCCAUACAGCAUCAUGGGAAUAAUUUGUCUUCAAGCAGCUUUGCUUGGUUUAUUCCUACCAGAAACCAAGGGAACUCCAACCAAGGAAACAAUGAAUGACAUGGAAACGAGGGUUGGUUUAUUUUUGGUGGGUAACGGUAACACUGUUGAGAAUCAGGUCAACGAGAAUGAAGCUGGACUUUAGUCGAGGAAAGGGAAAUUUACCAACAGAAUAUCCAUUUUAUCUUAUCACUGCAUGUGUCGUCUCUAUUUCGCCUCCCUGGAUGUAAGAAGCCAGGGUAGAGUUAGAGAAUAGACCAGGAACGAAUUAUGAAUCCAUCGACGACCAACCCAUCAUGAUCAAUGAUAUUAGAACUGUCUUACCAAUCCACCAUUAUCGUGAAAUUUGCACAUGCAUGAUAUUAAUUUAGGGGUUAAUUUAUUUUGCAUGCAGAUGAUAUCAAUUUAAUGAAUAA